AUGAGAGUUGUUUUAUGUAUAUUAGAUGGGUGGGGAAGUGGCAUAGACAAUGAAUACAAUGCUAUUAGUAAUGUAAACCUGGAAAUCUCAAAGACUUCAUCAGUGAUCUAAAGAGUAAAAACGGUACAUGCCAUAUAGUAGGAUUGAUCUCCGAUGGUGGUGUUCAUUCACACCAGAAGCAUAUUUCAAUCCUAGCAAAUAAAAUAUCACAACAGGGAAUUAAUGUAGUAACACAUGCCUUUCUAGAUGGCAGAGAUACGCCUCCUAACUCAGCAAAAAAGUGCAUCCAGGAAUUUCAAAAUGAAAUAGAGGAUAGAUCUUUUUCGAAACCGAUUUAUGGUGAGGAGUAUUUAGAAGAAGUACAAGCGAGCAACACAGAAUAUUUGGAUGCAUUUGAAGAGCUUAGUUCAUAUUCGACAACAAAAUUGUCAUCAGAAAUUGAGUUUCGCAAGGGGUCUAAUAAAAUUGCUACUAUAUCUGGACGUUACUACGCUAUGGAUCGUGAUAACAGGUGGGAGAGGACGAUCGAAGCUUACAAGUCCAUCGCCUUUGCGGAGGCACCUCGUUAUGAUGAUGUUAUGUCAUAUAUUGAUGAAAACUACGGUAAUAAUGUAACUGAUGAAUUUAUAAAACCUUCGGUAAUCGGCGAUUACCAAGGAAUAAAACCAGAGGAUGGAGUGCUAUUAGCCAAUUUUCGCGCUGAUCGUAUGAUGCAAUUAGCCAACAUAUUAUUAGGCAAAACUAACUAUGCUAAGGUGGCGAAGUUUUCUGCAAUUUUAAGUAUGAUGCAGUACAGCACAGAUUUAGAAAUUCCUUAUCUUUUUUCUCCUAUUUCUUUUCCUCAGACUUUAGGUCAGAUUGUAUCAGAUCAAGGAUUUAAACAAUUACGCAUUGCUGAGACUGAAAAAUAUGCUCAUGUAACUUUUUUUUUUAACUGCGGAAAAGAAGAACCUUUUUCUGGCGAGGAGAGAAUACUCAUUCCCUCGCCAAAAGUUAAAACUUAUGAUUUGCAACCAGAGAUGUCAGCCCUUCCACUGACUGAAACACUCUUGGAAAAGAUUUACUCUCAAGAAUUUGCACUGAUAGUUGUCAACUAUGCUAAUCCUGAUAUGGUUGGCCAUACAGGAAAUAUUAAAGCAGCUGAGCAAGCGGUGCUGACUGUUGAUACCUGUCUUACGAGAAUAAUGGAGGCUAUUCAAGAAGAGGGUAACACUGCGUUGAUUAUCACUUCAGAUCACGGCAAUGUGGAAUGUAUAUUUGAUGAAGAAAAUCAGGUGCCACACACAGCGCAUACCUUAAAUAAAGUACCAUUCAUUAUAUGUUCCAAUUCUCACAUUAAUCUAAAUUUAAAGGACGGAACACUAUCUAACAUUGCUCCUACUAUUUUGCAAUUACUUAGCUUGAAAAAACCGGACGAGAUGACAGAUAGUUUACUGAUUGUGUGA